CCUCAACAGUGCAAAAAAAAAAAAAUUUGCGUAAAAUAAAAGACUAAAAAAGUUCUAAAUAAGACAUUUACGAAUUUCAAAAAAGCGCUUGUGAUAUAAAAAAAGCAAAACCGACAAAUUGAGAAUUUUAUAUUAAUUUUCUUCAAAAAAACUUGAAAAAAGAGCUAAACAUUAGCAUAAAGAAACAAACAAAGCUGCAACAUUUAACCAUGGAUUUUGAUUAUCGAGAAUACCUCGCUUACCUCGCCUACCUCGAGACCUUUUGGGCCUACUUUCCCUAUCUCUUCUACACUUUCGUCUUCCUUACACUCAUACCGAAAUCCAUAAGACGCAUAAAGACCUUCGCCGAUGCAGACUACGAAGCCAAUCGUCACAAAUACCACCGUUGCUAUGCGCCGGACAUUUGUUGUCACACACUCGGUGAGGCAAUGCCCAAACCGAAACCACGCAAAGCUGUAACGCGUGUCUAUCCGAAACGCCACACCACCGCAGGCACCAACGACUACAAACAGGAUAUCACGUCACCGACCGUCAAUCAUAUCAAACGACAAGUGGAGCCGGCGUCUAUACAAACCAACACACACGUCAAUCAAAUUGCAAAAAUGUUUGAGAAUGUGCCCACAGUCACGGUGUCGCCAGCAUUGUUGGGCAAGAAAAUCAAUCGCGUAACACCAACCAUACAAACAUCAGAUAAUGGUGCAACCGAAGACACAACAACGACAUCGGCGUCAACACCAACAAAGUCGUCGCUAAAUGCCACGCGUCUCUCUCAGCUCCUCUCGCAGGAGCAACUGGAGAAUUCGCUGAGUUUGCUGCAAGAGACAAACACGGAUGAGGAACAAAGCUGCUGGCGGGAAUCACCGCCACGGCGUACCAAACGUCGUGCCGAGCCACCCUCAAACUUGAAUUACAGCGGCGCUGGCACGUCCACAACGCCAUCAACCGCUUCGCCUGCCGCCUCAUCGCCACCCUCCGACUCACCGCCAGUGCCAUCCUCGCCGGUGCUGUUUCGACCACAACUGAGUAUGAAAUCAAGUUUGGAGGAUAUUUUCGCCGCCAUCGCACUCAAUGCGGAGAAGAAUGAGAAUUUCUUAUACACCGGCUGUAAGUCACUAUCGCCCGUCACAUCCAUCGACGACAUUCUAUCGCAACGGCGCCUCUCACGGCCACUAUCCGCUUACUCGAUCAGCGAUCUGCUGAAUGAGGAGAGCAAAGCGUUGGAUGAGGCUAGGGUCGAGAACUUCUUGACGGUGCUGAAUACCACUUGAAGGAGCGGUCGCUCGGUCGGAGUGCUUAGUAUAUAUUUGUGUGUAAAGUUUAUAAUUAGCAACAUGGAGUGGUUGGGGCUGUGAAGUAGUAUGCAAUCAAAGUUGGGUGUGUACUUUUAGUUACUGUCUGGCUGUAUUUAUGUAUGUAUAUGCUUGUGUCUUCAAUAGGGAUGUACCGGUUCAUUAAUAUCGAUUCAGUAAAAUGAAAACUUACAUGGUUAAAUGUUUCGGUUGCGAGAUCGGAUACUGAAGACUCUUAUUUUUUGUAAUUCGAAUGUUGCUUUAAUCGCCAAGACUGGAUUCCUCAAGAUACGAUAGCUCCGAGACAAUAACCGUCAACGGUUUUCAGAACAGAAUAUCUCGCUUACAAUAAAUUAAAUUAGCUUUUUCUAGCAGCAGUUCCAGAGGCUCAAGUUUUAUGUUAAUUCCAAGCCUCGUUCCAUUCCAGUUACUUGUUCCUAACGUACCUUUGAGUGUUUCAAUCACUCGCAUUUCGGGCUUUAAACUCGACUUCUUGUCGAUUAAAUGUACUGUAAAAAAAUUACCUCCUUCUCCGUCCCUUAUUCCGAAAAAAAGAAAUCAAUUCAGUUUUAAAUCCUUAGGGCUGGUCUCAAUUUGACCACUCUCGGUACAUCCCUUCUUCUCCGGCACAGUAUAUAUCUUAGCCUUAAGAAAUAUGUAUGUAUAUAUAUCACUUUACUAGUUGACAGCUAACGGGUUAGUCAGUCGCAAUGAAAUGUCAAAGUGCCAUGCGAACAGCAACAACAACAGAAACAACAAGAAGAAAGAUCUGUAUUGCCGCAGCCUGUGCGCGCUCUAAAUGAGCAGCUGCAGCUGUUCUCCAACGAUGAUGAGUCAGACGACGUCGAGGCAGACGUCAGUCACUAUUUAACAUUAAGUUUGCGGAAUUGGGAUUAA